UCUCGCCAAACGCCAAGCGAGUCAACACAGCAUCAUGACUCUGGGAUUAGCGGUAACUACGAGAGUCGUAGCUGCGGCAGCUGUGCCCGCGCUUUUCCUGUCGGCUUCGCAAUGCAGCACGGCGUUCGUUCUGCGAUCGUCUCUGGGCAGCAGCGACAGGACUGCUGCAACAACGAUGCACGAGCGGCGGUCGGCAACAACCUCGACGCUGUAUAGAGGAGCCCAGCGAACGAGAGGCACACCGCUGCUCUCGCCCGGUGCCCUAAGGACGAGCGGGUACCGAGAAAGAGGAGUGCAUCUGAUGAUGGCGGCGGAGCCCACAGAGGAUUCAGUAGCCGAGGCUGCCGCUGCUGCUGCUGCUGCUGCCGCCGCCGCCGCUGAGGAGCCGUCCAUUUCCGAAGGAGAGGAGGCGGUUGAGUACGACGAGGCGUCGGGGGGUGGAUACGGAGAGACGGAGGUGGUGGCGGAGGAGGGAGACGGAACGGAAGGGGAGAAGGAGGAGGAGGAGGAGCAGGAGGAGGUUGACCCCAUGGCAGAAGUCAAGCAACAAAUCAAGCGCAACACCAUAGCGGUUAGCUGCCACGAGUUCCCGUGA